AUGUCAACAACGACGGUGAUAAAAACAAACGCAGAAAAAUCUGCAUCUCAACUAGCCGACAUGACUUCAACUCAAACUGACAGGCAACAAUCCACCAAAAAAGACCGUAAACGAUCUUGGCGCAAAAUGUUCAUGUACACGAAACAAUUAACUUCAACAAAAUACAAUUCCCCGUAUAAAAUUAAUUUGAAAGAAACUUGUCAAAAAUCUAAAAGUAUUCACAAGAGGAAAAAACGUGAAACUGAAACAUAUUCACAAUCUGUUAAACCCAUUUCUACUAAUGGAGACUGUGAACGGACUAAUCUAAAGCAACACACUUCAUCGUUUACAGAUUGGUUUACACGUCGAAGACUCAAAUCUCCAAAUGGUUCAACAUCUCCAGAUAAUAUUAACAUAAAAUUUAAGUCUUAUAUGGAUUCAACUCCAGUCGCAAAAGCUGAAUCCACACACAUCACUACAUCUAUCAAUUAUACGGUGAAUAAUUCCUCGGAAAAUAAUUCCAGUCGGAAGUCAUACAGUUUCUUUCGACAUUUUAGACUGUCGAAAUCUGAUUAUGUUCAUUUAGCUGCUGUCCCAUUACUACCAGAAGGUGUUGAAGUGAAUCCGGAUUUGAUCACUAGAAGAGAUACUUCUUCAUUGCGUCAGUCCCCGGGAAAUCGGCUUAUUUCCCCGCUGAGUGAGACAAAUUCUUUCGUUACACAAGGAAAAGAUGUUCGAGAUCAUUCUGGUGAUGUUCAUUUUGAAAAAGUUCCCAAUUAUCAGUUAAAUUCUUGUCGAUGUAAAUCAGUCAAUUCCAAACCUGAAAUACCAACACUAGUGAAACCAGCUUCCCACAUCACACAAGUUCUAUCGAUGUCAGUUGAAAAUCCCAACGCCUCCGGCAGAAUUGACCUGAUUCGUACAUCAAGUUUUCUAACACGUAAACAACGCUAUCUUAAGCGUUUAAAAGCUGCACAAGAAUUAGAUUCAUCUCUGACUAAUAAUGAUAACAACCUAUCGUGCACGAAGCAUCCAUACCUUCAAUCGUUUAGAACAACAACUCCAACUCCAUUUGCAUCUGGCAGCCGAUGGCGUAGAGUACACAGCUUCCCAGCUCUGAGUAGACACUCUGGUACUACGACCAAGAGCAAAUCUGGAAAUCAUGAUGAUGGUGCUUCAGGACAAAUCAGUUAUAAAGUUAAUCAAGCAUCACUGAAAACUGAUGACAGAAUCGAUCCGCAUAACUGUUAUCCAGCGAAAAUCGAUUUGGCUUUAAGUCCUACUUCCACACAUAAAAGAGUUAAUGAAGUACAAAAGAAGUCAAGUAUAAAAUACACUGAGAAACCGCUAUACGGUGUCCAGUCAAUCGUUCAGAAAUUUGAAGCUUCUGAUGAACCGCCGAAAGAGAAUUCCAGUCAAAUAUUCAACGAGACAAUUAGUUUAAGCGAGUUCUUAUCCAAAUAUUGUAAGGUAACAACUUCAAAGUCCACUGGAGUGAAUAAUUCAUCAAUUUCUCAAAGUUCUGAGAAAAACAGUCAUCACAUUGAUGCGAAUUUGCUUAACCAACAUGAAAAAACACAACAUGAAUCAAACUGUGACAGUGGUGUACCAGUGUGUAAAAUUUCAGUUGGUUUACAGUGUACCAUUGCUAGUGGGGAUAAUGAUGUUGAUGACGAUGAUGAUGGUGGCGGUUGUCGAACUAAACAAAGUACUUGUGAUACAAGUGUUCAGACAGAAACAAUUAACUGUUCAUCAUGCUUGUCUUCUAGAGUUGUAGAUACCUGCCCGAAUUCGAAAAACAACCUUUCCCUAUCUACUCAUGGUGACAAUACGCUGAAUUCUCAAAGUAAUGAGUUGGCCAUUUCAUCAUCGGACGACUUUUAUGAUUUACCAAAUGUUACUUCAACUGGCAGUUUAAGAGAAGUAAUUUGCUGCAAAGUACUCUUUAACGUGAUUUCGCAGAAAUCAAACUCCACUUCAAUGCUGGACAUGAAAUCCUCUGGUCAAUUUCGCAAACUUGCAAACUAUUCACACAUUUACAGACCGGCGAGUUUUCAUCUGUAUCACAUCAAAUCAGCUGAUAAUGUUGUUAUUCAGAGCAAAGAUUUUCAAAUAUUUCCCGAUAAAACACCAACCAACCAACCUUUUCAUGAUGAUGAUGAUGAUGAUAGCGGUGAUAUUGUUUCAUCCUAUGGAUCGUUUCCCACGCCACCGGCUACUGUUCUUCAACAAUUCAGUGAAGAUUCAGACAAAAUACCAUCAGAUGACGACUACCAUAGUUUUAUAAACAUCCCGUUGACAAGCACUUUUCAACUUGUCGGGCAAGUCAACUUACUGCCGGCUAUUUCUUCAUGUCGAAAUCCAUCAUCAGAUUACUGCUGUGAAAGGAAUCCUCUCUCCAAUAUUCAGUUGAAUGGCAGUAACUGUACUCAAUACUUAUACCAGAGCGAAAAUCACUAUGAAGAGAAUAAACAGUUCUCUAACUAUUUGCCAUCACUGGAUACUACAGAUGAAAACUUACCACCAACUCCAGAAUAA